AUGCUGGCCGCCAAUGCCGACGCGCCAUCAUUCGGUGGAGCGAAGGAAGUGUUGAAACUUGAAGGUGGGAAUCCCCAGCGUGCCCAGCUUCCAAGCGUUGUUGCCAGAUCAGCUUUACCGAAGUUCGGCCGACUGCAGUGCCCCGCCUUCCAGUGUCCCUUCCAGAUGGCGCGAGGCAGCCCAGGCCCAGGCGCUGGCAGUGGGGACCGGGCCAGCAGCCCCAAAUCAACGUCCCCAUCCCCUCCUCAGCCUCAGGCGCCAAAUGCCAAAGCCAAAGCCCACGCCCACGCCCACGACCGCACAGACCGGGUCUCGAAAGACAUCCCACUUCCACUUCUGAGCCUCUGCCCGCGCCUGCUCCAGAACGGCCUCUCCAAGCUCACCGGUCUUCGACUGCGAGGCCUGAUUGCGCUCGGCAUCCUCGUGCUCAGCCUCUGCAUUCCCCUUGCGAGGCGCUUCCAGAGCACACCCGACGUCGUCGUCCACAUACCCGACGAAGUCUACCUCCCCGACGAAGCCCUCCCCCCGCUGAACCCCGACGUCCCCCACCCCCUCCAGGUGGACGAAUCGACAAACAUGGCGCGAGUCUAUGCCGACGUCAACCAGAACAUGCCUAGGAGCUACUGGGACUACGACAGUGUUAACAUCAGCUGGGGCGUCCUGGAGAACUACGAGGUUGUCCGCAAAAUCGGCCGUGGAAAGUACUCCGAGGUGUUCGAAGGCAUUAACAUCGUCAACUACCAGAAAUGCGUCAUCAAGGUCCUGAAGCCGGUCAAGAAGAAGAAGAUCAAGAGAGAAAUCAAGAUCCUGCAGAACCUCUCCGGCGGCCCCAACAUCGUUGCCCUGCUUGACGUAGUCCGAGACAGCCAGGUAGGCGGCAACCCUCUCAGCAAGACACCUUCGUUGAUCUUCGAGUAUGUCAACAAUACCGACUUUAGGAGCUUGUACCCCAAGUUCAACGACAUCGAUGUUCGAUACUACAUCUACGAGCUGCUCAAGGGUCUCGACUACUGCCACAGUAAAGGGAUUAUGCACAGAGACGUGAAACCUCAUAACGUUAUGAUCGAUCAUGAGAAUAAGAAGUUGCGUCUCAUCGACUGGGGUCUGGCUGAGUUCUACCACCCCGGUACCGAGUAUAACGUGCGCGUCGCUUCCCGAUACUUCAAGGGACCUGAGUUGUUGGUGGAUUUCCAGGAGUACGAUUACAGCCUGGACAUGUGGAGUCUUGGCGCCAUGUUCGCUUCCAUGAUCUUUAGAAAGGAGCCUUUCUUCCAUGGAAACAGCAACUCGGACCAGCUUGUCAAGAUAGCCAAGGUCCUUGGUACCGACGACCUGUUCGACUACCUGGACAAGUACGAGAUCGAGCUCGACCCCCAAUACGAUGAGAUCCUCGGUCGGUUCCAGAAGAAGCCGUGGCACAGUUUCGUCAACUCGGAGAAUCAACGAUUCGUUAGCAACGAGGCGAUUGACUUCCUGGACAAGCUGCUGAGAUAUGACCACCAGGAACGUCUCACGGCCAAAGAAGCUAUGGCGCACCCGUACUUUGCCCCCAUCCGGGACGAAGCUACGCUCAAGCAGUACCUGAAUGGUGCGACCGUCAGCUCCGAAUCUUGA